AUGGAGGGCUUCGAUACCAUGGCCAUGCCGCCCUAUCUGGCCAGCCCGCUCUCUCUCGGCAAUCUGCAGGGCACCGACUAUCUCAAUGCCAUGCCAGGCUUGGAUCUCCCGGAUCAUCGCUCCAACUUUGACUCCGAAACUUUUGUCAGUGACGACCUGGGUUUCACCCAAAAUAGCCUGUCGCACUCAUUAAAGCGCUUCCCCUCGGGCUACGAUGACCCAUUCACCGAUAUGGUAGCGCCAUUCGACCCCGUCCCUCCAGAGCAGCAACAGGAUUCGUCCAUCGAUCACAACAAUAAGCUGUUGAGCUUCUCCAUUCCGGUCUACCACUUCACCUUGCUCGACUACUCCAUGCGCCGCACCUCCCUUUCCGUCUCCGCCCAGCUGCAUGGCAUGUUUUUCUUGGCCGAGUCCCCUUACACCACCUCUCCGUCCGAGAAUGCCCCGCCCCAACAAGGUGCCGAAUUGACGUGUUAUCGUCGCAACCUCUUCCAGAUCACCGGCUCGGUCACCUUACCCCGAGGCAUGCGCUACAUCAUGACCGACCAGGGUGAUCGUAUUCCCAUUCUGGCGCAGGAACUGACCGUCUCCGCGACGGAAUCGGUGGAAGGAAACCCCGUGAAGAUCAUCUCCGUGCCCUGGAAGACCCCCUCCGCCGCCGCAGCCAACUCAGGCGCUGCCAUUGAGGACCCCAACCUGAGUGGUGCAGCCAAGGUGGAGAAGGAACCCCCACCAAUCCCGCUCGAUAUCAUGGCCGGCCAGGACCUAGACACCGACUAUGCCACGUUCCCGAUCGCAUGGAAGCGGUUGCAGUUCCGCGUCGCGACUGCUAAUAACGGACGCCGUAAGGAACUGCAGCAACAUUUCGUCGUGCGGCUCAAGGUGGUGGCGACAUUAUCCACAGGAGCCAAGAUUGCGAUUUCCGAGGUGCAAUCCGGACCCGUCAUCGUUCGUGGCCGCAGUCCACGCAACUUCCAGUCUCGCAAGGAUCUACCUUUGAGCGGCAGUGCCGCCGCAUCCCGCAAGAACCAGGCUAAUUCGGCGGCUGCGCUCAACCGCACCCCGACCAACGAGUCCGUGCCCCGUCGCGCAAGCGUGACCCCGGCAAAGAACAAGGCUCCCUCUGGCACCGUCCAGAGCAGCUCCCCCGAGACCACCUCGGUUCCGCCUCCAUCCAUGAUGCAACAAUCACAAGCCACGGCUGACUGGACUCCCAUCCCGCAAUCCAGCUCCAAUGCCGUCCUAUCCCAUCACCAGCCACUCUUCCCUCACUCGAGUCCAGAGCAACUUUCCCAGGCUGCCGAUCCGCAGCGCCGCGUCAGUAGUACGACGGCUGCAGCGGCGGCGCCGAUUAAUCUGUCCCUGCUGGAUGAAGAAGAUGGCAACCAUGACACCGGUCUUCAGCUGGACCAGAAGAUCAUGCAGCCUUACACCAACGAGAUGCCCCAACAACGAUCUAUAAGCUUGGAUCACUCUGCCCAGCCCCCCGCCAAGAUGCGCAAGAUGUCCCACGGUAUCACGCAGGCCUCAUCUCGAAGUGCUACCUCGUCUCUGCCACUCCUCGAGACUGCCAAUCUUCCUCAGCAAUUCGUCUCGUCUUUACCUUUCCCCAACGAAGGCACCGACUUCCUGUAUGAAUACUUUCCUCUCGGCCUGGAUGACUGGCAAGCCCCCGUUGACGCUGUGUAUCGACCCCACGUUGUUCACCAUACGAAUAUGCCCGAGAUGAAAUUCGUUGCUGGCUCUAGAGGCCGUAGCAAACGCUAUUUUGCCGCCGAGGACGUCUUCUGA